GAAAUACACCACGUUGGAAAGAACAAUUAUAGUUGCUUACUCAUCUACGUAAAGUAAGCUGAUCUUGACGCACUCGUUUAUCUUGUUAUCUUUCAUUACACUACGCAAUAUCGUAUAACAGCAAUGACGAAUAACUCAUUAUUAGAAACAUUCAUGUUUUCCAUUUGGUAAUGCUGUGCAAGUCAGCUGUGAUGUAGUUGGUAGAUGCGUUAUUGAUUGGACUUGGUCGGAUCUUAAAGCAAACGACGACAAGGAAUGAGAGAAGAAAGCCGCAUGGAAAGCAAAUCAUAGCGUCUAGAAAUUGGUUAUAUCUGGCUUUUCUCGUGUGUCUGGGUAAAAUAGUCACAUACUCACUUACUGCUACUAUAUGGAACUGUGCCUAUACAGAAGAAUAUAAAGAAAUUCUGUGCAAUGCUAAAAAUGAACUUGAUAUUUAUAUCCAGAAAAAAAUAUAUAAAGGAAUCAUUUUAUUAGUCUAUGAUGUAGCCUUCAUUCUUUAGCUCGGCUAACUAUGUUCGGCUAGGAAAUACUUAAAAGCUAAAUUUAGCUUCGGUAGUAGAUACUUGUCCCUUAAUUACACCAUUUACAUUUUGGAUUUAUGAACCAUCGUCUAUCUAUCGCAUCUUCUAACAGCACACCAUAUUUUCAGAAAAAUGGCUAAUACACUGGCUAUCGCUUAUAAUAUUUCUAAUAGGUGAUGAAAGUUAGAUUAUAUCAACGAUUCUAUAACAAUGAAACGAAACACGGAAAUUUAUUUCUUAUCUAUCUUUUACUCUUCUAUAUUAUAUAGCACGUUUAAAUCUUCUGUAGAAAGUGCCUUCAAAAAAUGGGGAUAGAAUUUACUGGCAAUUACAAAGAUCAUAGAAACAAUGAUCAUUCCUCUUCGUCCAAAGUUAGCGAGGAAAGUUUACGUUCUGGAUCAGAAUUAAAGCAGGCCGAGAAAGAAAAAGAAAAAAUCCGUGUUGUGAAAGGAUUCUCUACUUAUGAAGAACAAGAACGGGCAGUUAAUCCCCAGGAUGCAGGAAUUGAUGAAGCUUUGGCAAUCAUACAAGAUGAUGAACAGUUUGAAUACGAUGAAGCCGAAGAUGCAAAAGUAAGACGGAAGAUUGAUUUGUUUGUUCUGCCGGUCAUGUGUAUUACAUACGGAGUUCAAUAUCUCGAUAAGACAGCCGUUUCGUACGCAGCCGUGUAUGGAAUGAAAGAAAGUGCCCAUUUAAGUGGAAGUGCGUAUAGCUGGCUCUCCACCAUUUUUUAUCUCGGUUAUAUGAUUGCUCAGUAUCCAGCUGGGUAUCUCUUACAAAGAUACCCGAUCCAUCUUUUUUUGUUCACGGCUUCGUUUCUGUGGUCCGCGUGUGUUUUACUUAUGGCGGCUUGCACGAACCGACAUGGCUUACUUGCGUUGCGUUUUCUUUCAGGAGUAUUUGAAGGAUGCGUGAAUCCUGCGUUCGUGGCUCUUACCUCUAUGUGGUAUAAACGGGAGGAACAACCAGUUCGAACUGUGUGCUGGUAUGCAUUUAAUGGCGUUUCCACAAUGGUAGGUGCUCUCUUAGGAUACGGAACAGGUCAUAUCAAAGGAAGUUUACCAAAUUGGAAGUAUCCGUUUCUAGUAAUUGGAGCUAUUUCCAACUUAUGGUCGUUUGUGUAUAUUUUUUUUCCAAAAAAUCCAGUACGUGCUAAAUUUCUAAAUAGCAGAGAAAAACGAAUCGCGAUAGAACGAGUCCGUAAGAAUCGAACAGGAAUGGAAACGAAAAAAUUUAAGCUCUCUCAAGCCCUUGAAGCAUUUAAGGACCCCCAAGUUAUUUUGAUGGUCUUAUAUAAUGGAAUGUGCCAAGUCACGAACGCGAUGUCUGUGUUUAGCGGCUUAAUUAUCCAAGGAAUGGGAUAUUCUGGAAUUAAUGCUACGUUGCUAACAUUGCCAUCCGGCGCAUUUACAGUUGGCAGCAUGAUAUUUGUGGGAGUGUUUUCUCACAUUUUCCGAAGAGGGAGAAUCCCUCUGUGUAUGUUUACCAGCAGUUUGACGAUUGUGGGAGCACUUAUGAUAUGGAAGAUUCCUGAUUCUAAUCCCUGGCCCCGAGUAGUGGGCGUUUGGCUUUUUUCUCCAGUCGCCUCAGGCAAUGCAUUGAUUCUUUCACUCUUGAGUUCAAACAUAGCUGGAUAUUCUAAGAAAGUAACAGCGAAUGCGACUAUGUUUCUAUUUUACUCUAUUGGAAACAUCGUUUCACCACAGUUAUUUAAGCCAAAUCAAGUUCCUGAAUAUAUCGAGGGAAUCCAGGCGUCACUUGUAGCAACGUGUCUAUUUGAAGGGGCCUUAAUCCUUCUGGCGAUGUAUUAUAUAUACGAAAACUACCGCAGAGAUAUAUCACUUAAAAGACAUCCAGAAUUCAAUUACAGUGAAAAGAACGAAGAGUUUUUGGACAGAACGGAUCGAGAGCAAAUUAAGUUUCGGUAUAUUUGGUAAAAUAAAUUAAGGAGAGAAUAUGUAAACUAAAAGGCUUUGUUUCUUCUUGAUUUCUUUAGGUAUAUGUAUUGAGUGUAUAAUACUUUAAUUUCUACGAUUUUAAUAUUAUCUAAUAAUUGGACCCAU